UCAACCCGGCGACCGAGCGGGUUGACGCCAACAUGCAGAUCUUUGUGAAGACCCUGACGGACAAGACCAUCACUCUUGAGGUCGAGCCCAGUGACACCAUCGAGAAUGUCAAGGCCAAGAUCCAAGACAAGGAAGGUAUCCCACCUGACCAGCAGAGGCUGCUAUUUGCCGGCAAGCAUCUGGAGAAUGGCCGAACCCUGACGGACUACAGCAUCCAGAAACAGUCCACUUUGCACCAGGUGCUUCGUCUGCCUGGUGGCAUGCAGAUCUUUGUGAAGACCCUGACGGACAAGACCAUCACUCUUGAGGUCGAGCCCAGUGACACCAUCGAGAAUGUCAAGGCCAAGAUCCAAGACAAGGAAGGUAUCCCACCUGACCAGCAGAGGCUGCUAUUUGCCGGCAAGCAUCUGGAGAAUGGCCGAACCCUGACGGACUACAGCAUCCAGAAACAGUCCACUUUGCACCAGGUGCUUCGUCUGCCUGGUGGCAUGCAGAUCUUUGUGAAGACCCUGACGGACAAGACCAUCACUCUUGAGGUCGAGCCCAGUGACACCAUCGAGAAUGUCAAGGCCAAGAUCCAAGACAAGGAAGGUAUCCCACCUGACCAGCAGAGGCUGCUAUUUGCCGGCAAGCAUCUGGAGAAUGGCCGAACCCUGACGGACUACAGCAUCCAGAAACAGUCCACUUUGCACCAGGUGCUUCGUCUGCCUGGUGGCAUGCAGAUCUUUGUGAAGACCCUGACGGACAAGACCAUCACUCUUGAGGUCGAGCCCAGUGACACCAUCGAGAAUGUCAAGGCCAAGAUCCAAGACAAGGAAGGUAUCCCACCUGACCAGCAGAGGCUGCUAUUUGCCGGCAAGCAUCUGGAGAAUGGCCGAACCCUGACGGACUACAGCAUCCAGAAACAACUUAUUCUUCUUUUCAACCCGGCGACCGAGCGGGUUGACGCCAACAUGCAGAUCUUUGUGAAGACCCUGACGGACAAGACCAUCACUCUUGAGGUCGAGCCCAGUGACACCAUCGAGAAUGUCAAGGCCAAGAUCCAAGACAAGGAAGGUAUCCCACCUGACCAGCAGAGGCUGCUAUUUGCCGGCAAGCAUCUGGAGAAUGGCCGAACCCUGACGGACUACAGCAUCCAGAAACAGUCCACUUUGCACCAGGUGCUUCGUCUGCCUGGUGGCAUCAUCGAGCCGUCCCUUCGUCAGCUUGCCCAGAAGUACAACUGUGACAAGAUGAUCUGCCGCAAGUGCUAUGCACGCCUGCACCCCCGUGCAGUCAACUGCCGCAAGAAGAAGUGCGGUCACAGCAACAACCUGCGCCCCAAAAAGAAGCUCCAAUAA